UCACACGUUGACGCGACCACGUUGACGCGAUCAGGGAGCUCGUUGACUUCACAGUGGAUUGCCACACCAUUCGAAGUUCUUUAUAUGCACUUGCGAUUUUGAUUUUGAUUUGAUCCCAUGGUUGCAUGGAGAGGAAUAAAUUUGCAAGCAAAAUGUCGCAGCAUUACACGAAGACGAUUUGCAUUGCCGUCGUCUUGGUGGCCGUGCUGUUCUCGUUGUCGUCGGCGGCGGCGGCCGGCUCCGGUGCGGCGGUGUCCGUGCAGCUCGAGGCGCUGCUGGAGUUCAAGAACGGCGUCGCCGACGACCCGCUCGGCGUGCUGGCCGGCUGGAGGGUGGGGAAGUCCGGUGAUGGCGCCGUCCGCGGCGGCGCGCUGCCGCGGCAUUGCAACUGGACGGGCGUCGCCUGCGACGGCGCCGGCCAGGUGACGUCCAUCCAGCUGCCGGAGUCGAAGCUCCGGGGCGCGCUCUCCCCGUUCCUCGGCAACAUCUCGACGCUCCAGGUCAUCGACCUGACGUCGAACGCCUUCGCCGGCGGCAUCCCGCCGCAGCUCGGCCGCCUCGGCGAGCUCGAGCAGCUAGUCGUUUCUUCGAACUACUUCGCCGGCGGCAUCCCGAGCAGCCUCUGCAACUGCUCGGCGAUGUGGGCUCUCGCCCUGAACGUCAACAACCUCACCGGCGCAAUCCCUUCUUGCAUCGGGGAUCUGUCCAAUCUCGAGAUCUUCGAAGCCUACCUGAACAAUCUUGACGGGGAGUUGCCGCCGUCCAUGGCGAAGCUCAAAGGCAUCAUGGUCGUUGACCUCAGCUGCAACCAGCUGUCUGGCUCGAUCCCGCCGGAGAUCGGCGACCUGUCGAACCUGCAGAUUCUUCAGCUGUACGAGAACCGGUUCUCCGGCCACAUCCCGCGGGAGCUCGGCCGGUGCAAGAACCUCACCUUGCUCAACAUAUUCAGCAACGGGUUCACCGGCGAGAUCCCCGGCGAGCUCGGCGAGCUCACGAACCUGGAGGUCAUGCGCCUGUACAAGAACGCGCUCACGUCGGAGAUCCCCCGGUCGCUCCGGCGUUGCGUGUCGCUGCUGAAUCUCGACCUGUCGAUGAACCAGCUCGCCGGGCCCAUCCCGCCGGAGCUCGGCGAGCUCCCGUCGCUCCAGAGAUUGUCGCUCCAUGCCAACCGGCUCGCCGGGACGGUUCCGGCGUCGCUGACGAAUCUCGUCAACCUGACCAUCCUGGAGCUGAGCGAGAACCACCUGUCCGGGCCGCUUCCGGCGAGCAUCGGGUCACUGCGGAAUCUCCGGCGGCUCAUCGUCCAGAACAACUCGCUCUCCGGCCAAAUUCCGGCGAGCAUCAGCAACUGCACGCAGCUGGCCAACGCGAGCAUGAGCUUCAACUUGUUCUCCGGGCCAUUGCCGGCGGGGCUCGGCCGGCUACAGAGCCUCAUGUUCUUGUCGCUCGGCCAAAACUCGUUGGCCGGCGACAUACCCGAUGACCUGUUCGACUGCGGCCAACUCCAGAAGCUCGACCUGUCAGAGAACAGCUUCACCGGCGGCCUGAGCCGCCUUGUCGGCCAGCUCGGUAACCUCACAGUGCUGCAGCUGCAGGGGAACGCUCUGUCAGGUGAGAUACCGGAGGAGAUCGGCAACAUGACGAAGCUCAUCAGCCUGAAACUCGGCAGGAACCGGUUCGCCGGACAUGUCCCGGCGAGCAUCUCGAACAUGUCCUCCCUCCAGUUGCUCGAUCUGGGGCACAAUCGCCUCGACGGCGUGUUCCCGGCUGAGGUGUUCGAGCUGCGGCAGCUCACCAUCCUCGGCGCCGGGUCGAACAGGUUCGCCGGCCCCAUCCCCGACGCCGUCGCCAACCUCCGGUCGCUCUCGUUCCUGGACCUGUCGAGCAACAUGCUCAACGGCACGGUGCCCGCGGCGCUGGGCAGGCUCGACCAGCUCCUCACGCUGGACCUCUCGCACAACCGCCUCGCCGGCGCCAUCCCCGGCGCGGUGAUCGCGAGCAUGAGCAACGUGCAGAUGUACCUCAACCUGUCGAACAACGCGUUCACGGGCGCGAUCCCGGCGGAGAUCGGCGGCCUCGUGAUGGUCCAGACCAUCGACCUGUCGAACAACCAGCUGUCCGGCGGCGUCCCGGCGACGCUCGCCGGGUGCAAGAACCUCUACUCGCUCGACCUCUCCGGCAACAGCCUCACCGGCGAACUCCCGGCCAACCUCUUCCCCCAGCUCGACCUUCUGACGACCCUGAACAUCUCCGGCAACGACCUCGACGGAGAGAUCCCCGCCGACAUCGCCGCGCUGAAGCACAUACAGACGCUCGACGUGUCGAGGAACGCGUUCGCCGGGGCCAUACCGCCGGCGCUGGCGAACCUGACGGCGCUCCGGUCUCUCAACCUUUCGUCGAACACCUUCGAGGGCCCCGUCCCCGACGGCGGCGUGUUCCGGAACCUGACCAUGUCGAGCCUGCAGGGGAACGCCGGCCUCUGCGGCGGGAAGCUCCUCGCGCCAUGCCACGGCCACGCCGCCGGGAAGAAGCGGGUGUUCUCGCGGACGGGGCUCGUGAUCCUCGUCGUGCUCAUCGCGCUGUCGACGCUGCUCCUCCUCAUGGUCGCGACGAUCCUGCUCGUCAGCUACCGCCGGUACAGGAGGAAGAGACGUGCCGCCGACAUCGCCGGCGACUCGCCGGAGGCCGCCGUCGUGGUGCCGGAGCUGAGGAGGUUCAGUUACGGCCAGCUGGCGGCCGCCACCAACUCGUUCGACCAAGGCAACGUCAUCGGGAGCAGCAACCUGAGCACGGUGUACAAGGGCGUGCUCGCCGGCGACGCCGACGGCGGCAUGGUCGUCGCCGUGAAGCGGCUGAACCUGGAGCAGUUCCCGUCCAAGUCCGACAAGUGCUUCCUCACCGAGCUCGCCACGCUGAGCCGGCUGCGGCACAAGAACCUGGCGCGUGUGGUCGGGUACGCGUGGGAGGCCGGCAAGAUCAAGGCCCUGGUCCUCGACUACAUGGUCAACGGCGACCUGGACGGCGCGAUACACGGCGGCGCCGCCGCGCCGCCGCCGGCGCCGUCGCGGUGGACGGUCAGGGAGCGGCUGCGGGUGUGCGUGUCGGUGGCGCACGGGCUGGUGUACCUCCACUCCGGGUACGACUUCCCCGUCGUGCACUGCGACGUCAAGCCGUCCAACGUCCUGCUCGACGGCGACUGGGAGGCGCGCGUCAGCGACUUCGGCACCGCGCGCAUGCUGGGCGUCCACCUGCCCGCCGCCGCCAACGCCGCGGCGCAGUCGACGGCCACCUCGUCGGCGUUCCGGGGCACCGUGGGUUACAUGGCUCCAGAGUUCGCGUACAUGAGGACGGUGUCGACGAAGGUGGACGUGUUCAGCUUCGGGGUGCUGGCGAUGGAGCUCUUCACCGGGCGGCGGCCGACGGGGACGAUCGAGGAGGACGGCGUGCCGCUGACGCUGCAGCAGCUCGUCGACAACGCGGUCUCGAGGGGGCUCGACGGCGUCCACGCCGUCCUGGACCCCCGCAUGAAGGUCGCCACCGAGGCCGACCUGUCCACGGCGGCGGACGUGCUCGCCGUUGCCCUGUCCUGCGCCGCGUUCGAGCCGGCCGACCGGCCCGACAUGGGCGCCGUGCUCUCGUCCUUGCUCAAGAUGAGCAAGCUCGUCGGAGAAGACUGAACAAAAAAAAAAAAGAAGAGAAAAGCUAAACUCUCGCUGCAAUUCUGCAGAAUGCAGCAGCGAAAACGUGCAAAUUUCUUGGAAGAUUCAGAGUUCAGUUCAUGAUGAUCUCAAAUGGUUUUUCGAGUUGUUUGCAUUGCGAACUUUCUCCAUUGAUGAGGUGUACUGUUGCUACUGUGCAUGGUCAAGGAGCCGUUCGUGUGAGCUUACUGAGGGUGUGUUAGUUCUUCGGGAGUAAAGCUUUUGAAUUAUACAGACACAUAUUUGAAGUAUUAAAUGUAUACUAAUAACAAAACAAAUUACAGAUUCUGCCUGUAAACUGUGAGACAAAUUUAUUAAGACUAAUUAGUUCAUCAUUAGCAAAUAUUUAUUGUAGCAUCAUAUUGUUAAAUCAUGGCGUAAUUUGGCUCAAAA